CAGGAGCCGCUGGAAGAGAGAAAAGUUACGUUUGUUUGUUUUUUUUUAAGCCGUGUAAGUUUUUGAAAAAAAAAAAUAAGGAAACGAGUGACUGAGUCUGUUUGGUCUAUUUUAAUUUAUAUCUCGCCAGCAGUGUGUGGAUUAUAGUCUAUUAUUAACUCGCUAAUGCCUUUUAAUCGCCUUAACUGUUUCAGCUAAAAUCGAGGUGGCGGCGUUAGAAGCGAAAACUAAAUUAAACCGAAGCUGCGUUUCUGAAACAUUAUUUUAACGAAAUCCUCCUGAAUAAUGGACGUCAGCGUCUCCGUGUCGUUCUUUCAAGACGAGCUCGCCUCUACCAUCGAGCACGCAGUGAAAGCGGCUGUAGACACCGUCUUGUGCCAAAUCACAAAAGUUGUCGGCGGCAAAUUCACUGAAUUCCGAAUGGAAAUGGCUGGAAAGGAGAAAGAGAAUGAAAGUCUGAAGCUGAGAUUGGAAAUAUCAGAGAGCGAGUUGAAAGCGGUGCGGGAAUGCAUGAACUCUGGACGCGGGUCACGGUGCAGCAGAGCUGGAGAUCCCAGAAAGAAACGCCUUUCCCCUGAAGCCGUGGAGCAGCCGGAGAGGCCAGCUGUUCACCCUGCAGAGGGACGGGAGUGGGGUUCAAGCCUGGCCCCACAUCCUGCUUCUGGGAACGAGAAGACCCAGCCCAGACUGGAAUCUGUCCUCAUUAAAGAGGAGGACCCCGAAAUCCAAUCUGUCCUCAUUAAAGAGGAGCCUCUUCAAUAUACCCACAUCACUACAGAAUAUAAUAAGCAUCCACUUGAGCAGAGGCUGGAAUCUAGCCAUUGUGAAGAUUAUCCUCCUGAACAGAUCUGCAUGAAACCCAAUCAGCCUGUCUCUGAAGACACUGGUGCUAGUGUUGGAGAAGAGGGCACUGUGCUGGGGUCCAUUCAGAGGAAACAUCACCCCCCUCAGGAAAGAGCUGCAGAUGGAAAGGAGGAAGGAGUGAUGCCGUCCACAAGCAGCACAGCAUAUGCAGGAGAGUCCACUUCAUCCCUCCUCUGGGCGGUCGCUUCAGGUGGCAGUCGACAGCUUCGGAUACAAAGCAAGACGACAACGCAAGAGGCGCAGGAAUCCAUGGCUGCGUCUCUCCCAGACAGCCGCGUGCGUCCCCCGCUCUUGGGGUCGACGGAGACCGGACGCUCUGUGUGCGUCGGCGACCCUGAAACCCCGUGCAACGCGAUGAGCAGAAGGGAUCCCGACGUACAAAUUCAAACCGGAAAGAGGCCGACUCCCUGUCCUGAGUGUGGAAAGAGUUUCUCCGACUCGGGGAAUCUUAAACAGCACCGGAGAAUCCACACGGGAGAGAAACCGUACCGCUGCACGGAGUGCGGGAAAAGCUUCAGCGAGCUGGGGAACCUUAAACAGCACCAGAGAAUCCACACGGGAGAGAAACCCUAUCACUGCACUGAAUGCGGGAAGAGCUUCACGCAUUCAAAUUCUUUGAAAAUUCACGAGCGUGCCCACACCGGGCACACCCGCUACAUCUGUGACGAGUGUGGAAAGAGCUUCAGUCAGUUCGAGCAUCUGAAAGUCCACAGGAGGAUCCACACUGGAGAGAAACCCUACCAGUGCCCGGACUGUGGGAAGAGGUUCCGCCAUUCCGGAGUGCUGAAAAAACACCAGCGGAUUCACACGGGAGAGAAACCCUAUCACUGUACCGAGUGCGGGAUGAGAUUCAGCCGGGUAGACUACCUGAAAGCACAUCAGAGGCUUCACGCCUAAGAGAAACCUACCGAAUGAAGAGUUGAUCAGAGACUGAACAGGACCCGAGUCCAGAAACGCAUCAGAAUACCCGCGAGACUGCCACUGAAAGCUGGGAUGAUUAUUAUUGAAUAAUUAUUUCUUAGCAGACGCCCUUAUCCAGGGCGACUUACAAUUGUUACAAGAUAUCUACAUACAAUUCCCCAUUUAUACAGUUUGGUUUUUACUGGAGCAAUCUAGGUAAAGUACCUUGCUCAAGAGUACAGCAGCAGUGUCCCCCCACCUGGGAUUGAACCCACGACCCUCCGGUCAAGAGUCCAGAGCCCUAACCACUACCCCACACUUACAUAGCACCUCUCGCGAUAAAUCCGCUCAAAUCGCUUUACAGAUAAACGUCCAAAACAAGUAAAAAGAUAAAUUCACAUUGAUAACGUUUUAAAAUACAGCUGCUAAAUUAUUUAAAAAAUGUGUUAUUAAUCUUAAUUUAAAAGCAACAAGAAAUGGGGCCUUCCCUCAGGAAUCGUGAGCCGCCUUCGCUCUCUUGAGUCCGUGGAGUCCAGAGCAAACUCUCAUCCUGUAAUCUAAGACAGUGAGGGCUGAGCAGAGAUACAGGGGAGCGAGGCCAUUUUUAAAAGCGUUAGAAAUUCGAAGCAGGACCUUUAAAAUCGAUCCUAAACCGUACAGGAAACCAGUGCAAGGCUGCCAGCACAGAGGUAACGUGGUCAUAUAUACUGAACAGCUACUGCAUUAUUGAAAUGUCUUCCAUCAGUUAAAUGACAAGAUUAUGUCAUUUAAGGGAGGCUGUGUGGUCCAGUGGUUAAAGAAAAGGGCUUGUAACCAGGAGGUCCCCGGUUCGAAUCCCACCUCAGCCACUGACUCAUUGUUUGACCCUGAGCAAGUCACUUAACCUCCGUCUUUCGGGUGAGACGUAGUUGUAAGUGACUCUGCAGCUGAUGCAUAGUUCACACACCCUAGUCUCUGUAAGUUGCCUUGGAUAAAGGCGUCCGCUAAAUAAACAGAUAAUGAUAAUAAUAAGAUUAUUAAUAAAUCACACUACCUUGUGUCCGUUUUGAUCGAUCUCAGUUGAUGGGAAAAACGCUGCAGUAAUCCAUUGAAUAAUUCAACAAGUAAAUCACUUCUGGUCCAUCUUGGGCAAAAGCAGCAUGAUUUAUUUACAGUUGGCAGCCCUCCAUCUUAGCGUCCCGUUCUUGCGUCGUGUUUAGAAACAGGUCUCCAGGGGCUUUGCUUUUUAAAGAGGCUCGCGGCGUGUUUCCCGUCCGCCCCAAACUUCUGGAGAAAGCUACACUACCACAAGUUGUGUUUCUUGAAACAGUACUCUGAAUUACAAUUUAGAAAUUCAAACGUCAGUGAAUUGUUCUGUAGGCAUUCGCUAGGUCCUUCGAAACCUCGCUUCGUUUCGCUCUCGUCGGCGAUGAGGUCAUCGCUGUGGGAAGGGAGACCUGUGAUUGGCUAAAACACGCAAAAGGGGAGGGGAGCCACCCUAGUGGAGGCAAGCCAGCUGAUGAAAUGGAGGAAUAUGAUUGGUUAAUAACUACAAAGGGGACAAUGGUGUAAAAGCUGUAUUUUGUAUUUAUUUUGAGUAGGCAGCGGCAAAUCUAAUUGAGAAAACUACAAAUCUGGCCAACAGUUUAGCAUCACCUAGAAUUUUAGGAUCGAGACAUUAAUAAUAAUAAUAAUAAUAAUAAUAAUAAUAAUAAUAAUAAUAAUAAAAUAUAUGAACAUCAUUUUGAUCUUUUCUUUGAUAUCAUGUAAUCAGAAAUACUUUUGGCCAGAGCUGUGGGUCCUAAUAAUAUGGCCAGGAAUUUUUCUAUGUCAGUAGCUCUCUCGUUGCUUUCGUUAAUUAUUAGUUUUUCUUGUUGGUGUGUUUCUGUUGUGUUCUGUGUUCACAUUUGUUGUGUAGUUUAAUGUGAAGUGUUGUAGUUAAAAUGUGUGAUUUUUUUUAAAUAUUUAUUUUACUGUGUCUGUCUUUAUGAUUUAUUAAAGCAGUACUUUAUACCUUUUCGAUUUUAAGCAAAGUUUUACCUACCAGUGUUUAAUAUCCUGUUGUGUUUGCAUCGCCCAAGUUUCUAAAAGCAUUUCAGGAAACUACUUUUGAAUGAGAAAUGGUUCUAGAAGUGAUAGACAGCAUCGCUUCACACAGACCAUAAGUAGAUGUUUAAUUAUGAAAAAAAAAAAACAGCUGUAGAAUUAUUGGUCAUUUAUUUUUGUUAAACAAUAAAAAAAAAUGCAAACAGAAACGUGUGUUUAUUUAAUUU